UGAAAUCGUUUAAAUAAUAAAUCAAAAUGGCUUAUGACUUAAAAAAAGAAGAUGAAGUUAAAGAUUAUAUAGAAAACAUUGGAAUAGAGUAUCGCUUCGGUUGUUAUAAGGAGCAAAAACCGGAAGUUUGUCAUCUGCUAGCCGAUUAUCUAGAAGCUAUCAAAAAAGACUUCGAAAAGGCCGCUAAAGUGUACAAAAGUAAUUGUUUAGAAUAUAAAUUCGGAAAGUCAUGCCUGAAAAUAGGUAACUAUACAUUAAUAGGAAGGGGAAGGGAAAAGGGUGACCCGGCCGAAGCUCUAAUUUAUUUCGAAAAAGGUUGCGAAUUAAAUGACCCCGGUGCUUGUCUACAUGCUGGGAUGCUGCUAACGGCUACUGGACCGGGCGUUAACAUACAAAGGGAUGUCCCUAAAGGAUACAACUGCCUCAAGAAGAGCUGCGAUCAAAAUGAUGAUAUGGCGUGCCACUACCUCUCCGGAAUGUAUCUGACUGGUGUGCCUAAAAACGUUCAGGAUUUCAACCCGCAUAAUCCUGAAAAAAAUAAAAACAUAGAUUAUCUAAUAAAACCAGAUAAAAAAGAGGCGUUCCGCUUUGCGAAAAGAGCUUGUGAGUUAGGUAAUAUGUUUGCUUGUGCCAAUGUCAGUUUAAUGUAUAAAAAAGGUGACGGAGUUGAGAAAAACCAGGAUGAAUCAAAACGAUUCUUUGAAAUUGCACAGAGCUUGCAAAAGGCGCAUGAAACUACAAAAGAGAUUAAAUUUCAACAAGGUUUGGAUGGAAAAUAGUAUUAUAUGAAUUACUUGUU